UAACAGCACAACGAUAUGGCAGGCGGAAAUUCUCUAUCCAAUCAAGAUGAUUUGGAAGCUGGGAACAGAAACAACGAGACAGAAAAUGAUGCACAAGUAGAUCUCCUGAGAGGGACUGAAAAAUACCACAGUGACUCUGAGCCGUCGGCCAAUAAGAAGUGGGGAGUAGCUUGGUACAAGGAAGAGUAUCCAGACAACAUGGAGAGUGUGAAUACAACUGACCCAGAGCAACUAGUCCAGGAUGUGUCCAGCACAGCUGUUCUCACCCCUCUUGAUGAUGACUUGGUGGGCGAGAUACAAGAGAUUAAAGAUCGCGGAAAUUGGUCUGGCCGUUUUGAUUUCCUUAUGUCUCUCCUUGGUUACUCUGUUGGACUUGGCAAUGUCUGGAGAUUUCCCUACCUAGCUUAUAGUAAUGGCGGAGGGGCAUUUCUGUUUCCUUUCAUCCUCAUGUUAUUGUUGCUUGGUAUACCGCUGAUGUUCUUGGAGCUGGCGUUCGGGCAGUUUGCAGCACUUGGACCAGCAGUUAUCUAUGACCGUUUUUGUCCACUCUUUCAUGGGUUGGGAUAUGGCAUGAUCACAGUAUCAGCAUUGGUGGCAAUUUACUACACAGUCAUCAUAGGCUGGUGUAUCCUCUAUCUCUUUCUUUCCUUCACGUCGGAGCUGCCAUGGGAAAAGUGUGGAGAAUGGGCUACAGAACAUUGUUAUGCACACAAAGAAGCGGAUGCCUGCCACGCAGUCAAUGGAAGUAUCUACUACCACAGACAAUGUUACAACUCCUCCAUGGCUGAACUCCACAACAUCGCUGAGUUUGCCAAAAAUCAGACCAGACAUGCCCCAGCUCAAGAUUUCUUUGAAAAAGGAAUCCUUAAUAUGUCCUCUGGUAUUGAAGACAUGGGUAACAUUCAGUGGAAGAUAGCCUUGUGUCUCCUUGCGGCAUGGACCUUGACAUUUGCUGCUCUCAGCAAGGGAGUUAAAUCUACAGGAAAGGUUGUUUAUUUCACAGCUUUGUUUCCUUACCUUGUGUUGUGUAUCCUGUUUUUCCGUGGAAUCACCCUUCCUGGAUCUAUUGAAGGAAUUGAGUAUUACCUAACACCAAGAUUUGACAAGCUUGGUGAUGCAAAGGUGUGGUCAGAUGCAGCAGCCCAGAUUUUCUUUGCCCUCAGUCCUGCUUGGGGAGGCCUCAUCACGCUGUCCAGUUACAACAAAUUCCACAAUAAUUGUUUCAAAGAUGCCAUGAUAGUUUCUGUGGGAAAUAUUUGUACAAGCAUUUUCGCAGGAUUUGUCAUAUUCUCAAUCAUUGGCUACCUUGCCCAGGAGCUGAACAUGCCCGUUGAUAAAGUGGUAGACGAAGGUGCUGGUUUGGCAUUUGUGGUCUACCCAGAUGUGGUGACGAGGUUACCAAUUUCUCCUCUUUGGUCUAUCCUUUUCUUUGUGAUGAUGAUCACACUUGGAAUGGGAAGUGAGUUUGCUUUGCUGGAAACUGUGCUAACAGCUGUUCAGGACACCUAUCCACAGUUGAGGAGUAAGAAGACUUGGGUGGUGCUUGUAGUCUCCAUCCUGGGCUUCCUGUGUGGAUUGUCUGUUACCACAAGUGGAAGUGGAUAUAUGGAUGCAUAUGUUUCUAGUUGGAUGGUUUUUGUGAUGGCGGCACUGGAAUGUAUCAUUGUUGGAUGGAUAUAUGGCGGGGAGAGAUUUAUUGAGGAUAUAGAACUUAUGAUUGGUCGACAGCAGAGAUCAUUUCAUACCUUCUUUAAAGUCUUCUGGCAGUACCUCUCACCACUUACACUUCUGGGUGUAUUGGCUUUCAACCUGAUUCAAUACAGACCGUUGAAGUUUGACAAGUAUGAGUACCCAGCAUGGGCCAAUGGUGUAGGAUGGCUUCUGUCUCUUAUACCUAUGAUUUUUAUUUUCUCCUUGAUGUUUUACCAACUCCGGCAUGUUGCCCCAAGAGAACUCAGCUUCGGAGAGAAAAUCCGAUUUUUACUUAAACCAUCAAAGGAAUGGGGACCAGCCCAUAAAGUACCUACAUUUAAAUUGGAAGAAGACGAGAUUGUUGGUGACAAUAAUACUAUAUCAAACCCCAAUUUUUCCACAUCAAAUCCAUUUGAAACAAAAAUAUAAAGUUGCAGGAUCAAGAUAUUCAGAUCAGGGUGAUACUUCUGUCUGGGUCACUCAAAUGUUUUGUGUUUUUACAAAAACAGCAAAGAAAAUACGGACAUGUUAACAGAAUCUUUAUUCAAAUUCAUUGAAACAAGGACAAAAUAUGAACAAAAGAAAGAUUUACUUGGAGCGCAAGGAGAAUAAGAGCAGGCAUUCAUGGCCAAAUUAUAAUAAUGAUACAAAUUCUCCCCAAUCCAGAACAUAUCCAAUAAGUGUUAGCACGAACUGGCUUGAGUGUAAUACACUUUGGUGUUGUUAGCACAAAGCAUGAACUGGCCCUGAGAGAGAACAUUUGAGGAAUGGCUGCCCACCCAGUUGUCUUGUACAGUUCUAUGGUGUGAGCAACAUAGACUUAUGCUCAGGUAGAACAGUGGAGCCCUGUUAGCAUGGGCCUUAAGAAUGUCAAAAGUCAGAAAGUUUAGAAAGCAAAACAAAAUAAGGUAAAAAAAGAAACUGACUGUAUUUUUAUCAUCCCAAUGUCAUCUCAUGGUAAGGUCAAAAGUACAACAGUUUAUAGUUUUUGGGAUUUGUUGAAAGGUCAUAGGUCAACUGAUAUCGUAGAACAUCUGGUUGCGAAGUGAAUAAUGUUGCCACUGAUUCAGGCUAUAUAAAAUUGUAUAUUUCAAUAAAAAAGAUACAUGUACCAACAGAGUCAGAUAGAAUCAUUGAUAUCCAUUUAUCCUUGAUACACUAGACUCGUCUGCUUCCAUAUUGGUGGGAAGAAAUCUGUCCUCAAAACCAGGAAAUCACUUUAUGGAUUUCACAAUUUGUUUCCUGUGUUGUGAUGUCAUUGGUGUAGAUGAAAAAGUUUGAUGGUUUCAAAUCAAACUUUGGUAUACUUGUAACAAUAGUGGAUUUGUAUUCAGAUGUUGGAAUACUUCAUUCAGUGUAUUUGUGAUGGUGAUCAGGUAUGAAAUGUAUUAUUACAUCAGUCAAUGUUUUAAUAUAUUUCAACCCCCCCCCCUCUCAUUUUACCAGUUUACUUUUACUAUGCCCCCAUUUUAAUUUCCCUGGUUAAUUGUGUGUAUCUGUGUCUGUAAAGUGUUGGGUCAGGCAGUUAUUAGGUGUAAAUCCCUGAUCUGAAUGUCUUGAGAGGAUUACAAUCUCAUAUGAUAUAUAUGAGUUAAUGUUCAGUGAUAAAUGUUUCAACCAAAAAUUGUGUUAAAAAAGAUUUUAAAAAAUCCUUUUUUGCAGUGUUAUGAAAGUAUGUAAACACACAAAGUUAUCAUUUUAUGACAUCAUUAUUUUGAUUUGAGGAUAGCUUGAUGCAAGAUUGAAGUCAUUUAUAUUGCAGUAAAUAUGUGGUUGAAUAUUUGGAGUGUUUUCAUCACCAGAUUUGCAUAAAAAAAUUGUAAAAAUGAUAAUCCAAAAGAUUCCAUGCAAAAAAUAUUUAACUAGGUGUUACGUUUAUUUUUUUUCAUUGAUCUAAGCUUCGUGUUGACCUUCAUGAACUGCUUUUUAGCAGUGUUUACAGAAAGAAAGGUAAUUUCUUAUUACAUGGGUAGUUACAUUCUGUUCGUAAUCACUUAUAAUGAUGAAAGCAGAGAUGCUGUUCCCAUUUUUGCUUGUUUUCAUAAAUUCAGUUUAUCUUAUCUGAAAUAUUUCUCUAUGAAACAAAUGGGAAUUUUCUGAUUUCUUAAAGCAAAUAUUAUCAUUAAAGCAGGUUAUGUUACAACAGUAUUUUGUUUACAGAAAAUUGUGAACUAUGAUUUUGUAAUAUUUCUCAGGAUGCUUAUUAGAUUUGCUUAAUAAGUUAAGAGCUACUGUAGAUUUUGGGAAAUAUGAUAUUUAUCAUAAAUACUCCUUAAUGCUAGACCUAGGAAAUAUUUCAUAUCAUUGUGGUGAUGUUGGAUUCCUCUGUCAGAUUUCUGAAAUGUUGCCGUAGGAUUUAUCUAUAUGAUCUUCCCCCAGAGUAACAUUUAACUUUUUACCUUGUUAAUUCUACAUUUUGUUACAAACAAGUCUUGUUAUUGAAUUCAGUGCUCAUGGAUAUUUAUAAUUGACUUUAAAUAUCUAAUCACUUUUGUUAUCUAGUGCUGAUAAUUUUUAAGUGCUGAUCAUUUACUUUAAUUUUAAAACUUUUUUGUUAUGUGCAAAUAUAAUCGAAAACUACCUAUCAUAAGUCCUUGUUGUUUAUGCAGAUAAUAAUUUUUAAAAAAAUAUUUUAAAACAAAGAAACUAUUAUUUUGUUACUGGAUAUGAACAUGCAGUUCAUGCUGCAAGUCAUAAUAAAGAGAAUGUUUUGUAGUUUUGAUUUAGUAACCUAGUAUUCCAGUUUAUGGGUUAUAGAAAGAUCUGUUUACAUUUCAAAAUUGAUCAUAGUUGAUAUAACAUGUCUCAGGUCAUUGUUUACAAUAUGACAAUUUACCUUGUUAACUAUUUAUACUUUGAGUAAUAUUUUGAUUUUAAAUUUUUGAUCAAACAGUGGAAAUAUCUGGCUCUCACCUAGAAGAUAAUUUUUACAUCACACAUGAUGCACACACUGCUGUUUCAUGCCUUUACUCCCUGCAUAUGUAUAUGAAAUGUAUGUACUUGAAUGCAUUGAAUCUCAUGUGAAUGUAUACAUAUUAGUGUAAUGACUGUUUGCUUAUCACUUUGUUACACAUUGUAUUGUUUUUCAGCAUUAUCUCACGCUUUUUUUGUGUGCUGACUGUAUGUAGUCACAAACUUUUACAUAUUUUAUAGCAAAACAUUGUCUGAAUUAAUUGCUUUUGUUGGGAAUCUCCAUUGAAAUAAUCUGCAGCAUCAUUAAUCUGUUUUUGUGAUAUCCUUUUAUUGCAAUUUCAUCGUCCUGAUUAUAUUUGCUGUGUAUCUAUUAAAGAAUAUCUUGAGAAAACUGAUGUGAAAAGCUGUGAUGUAUAUACUCUGGCUUCUGCUGUAGCAAGUCUGUAUUGUUAAUUAUAAUCCUAUUACGUUAGAGGAUUGUCUCUAGAAAAUUUAUAGUACAUGAAAAUGUGAAAUAUUUCAUGCAUAAAAAAAGGAUGUUUUUAAUGUUUAAUGUUUAAUAGUGACAGCAUCAGCAAUGCAAACCUGGACUUGAUACACGAUGUCUUUCAGUAAACAAUCAGGACAGAAGGUCAAUAUCCUGUGCCUUCAUGCCUCAAUAUGUGUUCACCGGAAGUGUCGCAUCCACUUCCACACAAUGGUUGCAAAAUAUACCAUUGAUUAGGACCAUUGUAUAGGAAGAUAUGUGAUAACACUUUCAUUACAUUCGAUUAUGAAGAUUUCAUUUGCUAUAAAAACACAUUUCUGUUUUACUAUGUGUUAUUGCAACAGUUUGUAUCAAUUUUGUUGCAAUUCUGAAUUGGUGUUGAAUUAUUUCUGAUAUUGUUAUUUUGAUAACAUUUGUUAUGCAGUAUAAUGUUGAUAAUGUAAGAUUUAAGUGUGAUUAUUGCCGUGUAGUGCUGUACGUUUAUUGAUAAUGUGACUAAUACAGUCAUUUGAUAUAAUGUAUGUAAAAUGUCAUCAAGUUUUGUUAGUCAAUCAACCAUCUGAUAUUUCAUUGAAAACCUAAAAUUGUCUUAAUUGAAUUGUUGACUUUCAAAGUUUAGUUGGUACAGCAUUAGUGUAAAAAUUUGUGUGUUUGUGAUGUUGAGUGACUGCAUUUUAUUUAGGUCAAUAUUAAGUCAUAUCUUGUAUGGUUUUUGUUUGUAUUUCUGGUGAAAUUUGACAACUUGAUCAAAGGUUUAUCUCGAGAAUGUGUUGAACACUGUUGGAUUACUUGUUAGAAUCUCUGUUUGCUUUAUAUAGCCGACGUAAUGCUCAACAAGUUAAGUACUUCUAACAAAAAAAUCAAAUCACUAAUUUUCAUCAUGAAUCUUGUAAAAUUCUUUUUGAAGGUAAUUUUCGUAUUGAUAAUCACACAACCAUAUCUGUAAGUAACUCGUUCCUCACAGUAGCAUCAAAAAGCUUCAGAAUCAAUAGCUUUUUCACUUCUUCAUAAUAACCUGCUGUUGCAUUUUGAAAGUGACUUAAGUGAGAAAUGGAUAAGUAGUUACAGUGUAAUAGCGUAGGAUUGAAAGGGUAGCUCUCUUGAGAUUAACAGACUAGUUUAUGAUAUAGGAUUGGUCAAGGAGUAUAAACUUUAGAGAGAUUAACACAUUUUGCUCAAAUGUUUUAUGUUUUAAAUGAACAGCCAACUUUCUUUGAUAAUUUAAUAGAAGUUGCUCUGAUUUUAUUUGUGUAUCAUUUUGUUACAAUUAUUACUUUAUACAUGUAGAUAGUCAAGUCUAAUUCAAAUGUAAAUAUGGAAGAAGUCAAACAUUCAUAGCCUUCAGUCACAGUAAUGUGUCUCGUAACCGUUUUAUUUAUUUGUUUUAAGUACAAAGUAUAAAUAAGUAGUGUAGAUUCAUGUAUGUUGGAAAGAAAGUUUUGCAUUGAGGGUGGGUAAGUUCUCUCUUAAGAUGGGAACAUUCUGCUUGUGGGAAAGUUCUAUCUGAGGGUGCCCAAAUUCAGGAUUUGUUUGGAGUUCUUUGCCAUCACAAGAGCCAGGGUCAUAUGAAGACUUCUCAACUGAUGGUAUGGCCGCUGAUAGACACAUUUAUAGUUCAGUCUCACUGAAAUAGCCUUAACUAGACUUUGUAGCAUGAUACCCAAUCUUUUAUACAUCGGACUAGCUAGUCCUACAAUCUACUCUAUGCUAAGUACAUACAGGGAGCAUAAAGUUUCAUUUGAAUAACUUGGGGCAGAACCUGUAGCUUUCUUUGUUUGGAUGAAACUCAUCACUAAGACAGAUAUUGAGGCAGUGAUUAAACACGAAAUAUUUCCUGAUGAUGCUUGUUGUCUACUUUGAUUGUGAUUGCUAUAGAAUCAUAAUGACUUGAAUAUACAGCUUGCAUAAUAGGCUAUACUGCACAUAGAGAGCUACCUCACAUCCUUGAUAAAUUGACAGAAUGUGUCAAAUGUGCACAUUGCUAUGUAAUAUAUUUCUUCUUGUGAAGAGAAUAUCACAGGUGUUUGAAAAUUUAGGUACAAAAUAAAUCUGAAGAGAUUUGUGUUGAAAUAUUUGUGUAUAGAGUAUUGAAAAGUUUAAAAUCGGCUACACAGGUAUUGUUGUACACAUCGAAUAACCUAAAAUAUAAAUCAGUUUAUCCUGCCUUGUUGCAACCUCGACAACUUUUACUUGUAUACCUAAUGCAUGGAUAAGCUAUACUGAUUCUUUUUUUGUGUGUGUGUGUAAUGUUCAAUGAUUGUGACCAAAAGUACCUUUUAUUUAGCAUAGUGUUAUUACAGUCACCUGCUACCCUCCUGUUUGACAAUCAGAUUCCUGGUGUGCCUUGGUAAAACUUUCAAUCCACCUGCUUUACAGCAUAAUGGCCAUAAAAACACAUGUAGAAGAUUGCAUCUGUAACCUAAUUCAUUUAGAGAUUUUUGUAUAGUUUGAAAACGAACAGACAAGGUACAAACAGCAUACUAAUAGAUAAUGUAAAUAUUGAUAUUAUACUCCUGAUUGGUUGAAGUGCUCACUUUUACUAACAAGUAUUUAACCGUAUCUGUUUUACCUGCAGUAGUGUUGAUUCGUUAUGUAUAUAGCAACAUAUUUUACUGAGAACAUGUAACAUAUGGAACAGACAUACAAUAACCAUCUAUCUUCAUUUUUGUUAUUAAAAAAAACUGGUAAAGUUGUCUGGCCCGGCAAGUUUCCCUCUCCUCAUACACUGAUGUGACCUUGGUAUUUUGUUGGUGGUUAAAUUUAGUGGUAUUCUGUUAAGUUCGCCUGGCUUGAACACUAUACAGCAAAAAAUCUGGCCCUCUAGUCACUAUACUUGUGUAUUUGGUAUGAAGUGAUGUCACAUCCAGUUCUUUCUGACAUACUCCCUUACAGAGGUUUGAAUUAGUAUUAUGAAGCCGAAAUGGAGUAUCAAACUAGAUGCCUAAGUACAGUUCACCUGUUGAUAGAUCAGUAUUUAGUGGAUUGCAGAUAUUCUGUAACAUGGGUCCAUUGACAGUGUAAAAAAGUCUAUAACAUAAAAUGAAUUAUCUUAGACUUACACAUACAUGUACAGGGAAUCAAUUCUUAAAAAAAUGCACUGGGGUAUGCGCCAUUAAUGGUUUUGUGGCAAUUGUAGUGUAACUGAAUAUGUUUUGAACAGACAGGUCCAUGAUAGUUGAGUUUUCAAACUUUGAUAUAAGCCGAAUGGUGCAUCAGUGUACAAAAAUGAGGAAAGGGGAGGGAACCUGUCCAGACUUGGGUAACAGGUCACAUCAGUUAUCGACCAUUGGCUGCGUUUGUCAUAUGUGGAUGCCAUACUAAGCUUCGGCUUUGUUAAUUCACCGGUGGCCGAGGUUGAUACAUGCUUGCGCUUUUAAUGAGAUGUUCCUUAGUACAAGAUCAUACCAAUGAAAUAGAUAUUUACCAACUUAAUUAUGCAAAAUCUUGUUCUGUGGCACAACUUGAAGCCUGAAGUAUAUAAAGUAAUUUGCCUUGUGUUAUGGAUCCUUCGUCGUCACCUGUAAUUACAAUAUCACAUCCUUUCGUGAUGUUAGUAUAUGUCGCAUUAUCAUUGUUCCAUGCUAUAAAUUGAGUUAUUUUGUCCUGGAAGGUUUUUGGUUUUAGGUUUGAUCAAAUAACAGCAACUUGAUGUUUACAUUGUCGUUUUCAGUAUAAAUUGUUGCCGAAACAUACUGACUGCAUUUUACAUUAUUGUAUACAUGUCAUUAAAGUUGCUGAAUCGGUCA